GGUCUGGACCGGACCAAACUGGCUACCAUUAACCUGGUGACCGACCUAUUCCAGCACGAGCUCUAUGGCACCCCCACCCAACUUAACUACGACUACAGUGUACUCCGACUCCAGGAUAAGAUCCAGACUUCCGACACCGUGAAGACCAUUGAGUUGAUAGACGUGUCGCCUGCCGUUGGAUCUAAGGCCCAACUGACCGGUUGGGGCCGUACUAUUGGCACCGACCCCAACUCGGCGGCCGUUCAGCUCCAGUACGCGGAGUUCACGACAAUUACUCGCGAGGAAUGCCAACGAAGGGCUGAUAAUACGAUCACAAAUCCACCGACAGUUACCUCACAAUUCAUUUGCGGCGAGAAUAAUGCCGCCUCCGGUUGUUAUGGCGAUUCCGGCGGACCCUUUGUAAUCGGUGGCAAACUGGCGGGCAUUGUCUCGUGGGGAACGCCUAACUGUCCGGCCGACACUACCAAAGGACCCACCGCUUAUUCUGAUGUUGCCAAUCAAAGAACCUGGCUACUGUCUAAAAUACUAUAAAUUAAUAUAUUUUCAUAUUGAAAUCAAAGGCUUUUAUAAUGGAC